AUGUUUAGUUGUCAAUAUAAAUUGCAAAGUGAUCUUGCUGGUGCUGGCUUUUUUGAUCAAUCGAAAUUCUGUGAUAAGUUGAGGGCCGAAAUAAAAGAAACUUAUUCAGUUGAAACAACAAUCACGAAGGCGAGAGAUAAAUUGGAUCUGGAAAAUAGCACAUAUAUUAUCGACUUUAAAAGUACAGAUCAAGAUAAAAAUCAACAGGCAUUAGAAUCAUUACAAGCUCUUCUUAAAAAAACAGAAAUAAAAGUAGUCGAUGAUCAAUCAGACAAAUCAACUGUAUUUCACGAUUUAUGUACUACUAAUGCUACACUCGACAAAAUUAUCAAAAACUUUAUUUUACUUGAUAUUUCACUGCCUUCUACCUCUGAUCUAACAACAACUAAUAAAAGUCAUUUAGCACAAGAUAUUCUAAAGCUAGAAAAUCAAAUACGACCUCAAAAUAUAUUAAUAAUACUUGAACAACGAUGCAUUCAUUUGUUUGGUUUGACGGAUACUAUCAAAGCAAUAGAAAAACAAAUAGAAGAAAUUACAACAAAAUAUGCAUCAAGUACGGUUAAACUUAAUUUAGAAUCGAAACAAAUAAACUUUUUAUUGGAAAUCUGUUAUGAUGAACUGAAAACACUUGAAACUAAUUAUAAUGAUACAACAAUUAUUGAGACUUUGACAAAUGGAGAAUUAACAGCUCCAAGUUAUGUUCAUGAUAGAAUAGAAUCCGAAAUAAUGGCAUUAGCUUCAUUAUGUACAUCAAUUGAUUAUGAAAUUCAAGAAGAAGCUUUUGGUUUAAAAGCACACAACGAAUGUGAGAGUCUGAAAAAUAUUGGCCAUCAAUGCAAAUGUCAAAUUGAAAUUGAAAUAGAAACUACAAAUAAGAUUUGUGAAAUACCCAAAGCUUUAACACAAGAUCAUAUGUCAAAUAAAUUAACAGCAGCAGCCAUAGAAAUACACAAGAAUGAUCUAGCUGAACAAAAAGUCGAUCUUGUUGUUAUUUGUUCGACGUCAAUGUAUCUACGUGAUAAUAUUCUUAAACAAGCUGGACAAUCAGUUAACAAAGAAUACGAAGAAGCUGCAAAGAUAUCAUCAUCAGAACCUUUCGAAACCAAUUCAGGAAAUUUACCAUGUCGAAAACUUUUAUUUUUACCAUGGGAAAUAAAUCAAACAAGUCAAGAAGCUUUUUAUCAAUCAAUUCGAAAUUUUGUUAGUAAAGCUGUUCAACAUGCUAUCAAACUUCAUCAUACAUCAAUUGCAUUUCCAUCAAUUGGUUGUGGAAAAUUAAAUGUUGAUAAAAAUAUUGUUGCCAAUGAAAUGUUAACUGAAGCUCAAACACAAUUAUUAUCAGCUAAUGUUAUAUUACAAAUAAACUUUGUUAUUUUACCUGAGCAAAUUGAUGUUUUUGAAGCAUUUCAAGCGAAACUCAAAAAUCUUCAAGGAGGCCAUGUAGAAACAAAAGAUAUUCAAAUUCAAUAUAGCUUUACAAAACUUAAAAUUACAAUUACAUCUAAUAGUGUUGAAAAGCAAGAGAAAUGUAAAAAAGCUUUAAAUAAUUAUAUACAACAAUCAAUUUCAGUUCGUGAACAUCUUAAUCAACAUGUACUUAAAAAAUGGACACAACCUGCUAUUAAUGCAUUCUAUAAAUAUUGUUUAGAUCGAUAUGUGGUACCUAACAUGGAUAUUCUUAUUGGCUACUUUAAAAUAUUUGGUUCCAAAGAAUCAGUUACUGAAGCGGAAAAUGAAUAUUAUCGAGAACAAGUUAAACAAAGUGAGCAAGCUCGUUUAAAUGCCAUUGCUCGAGAUAUUAUUUGGGCAUUUAAAAUAGAUGAUAAAAAUUGGAUAAAAUAUGCACCUGAAUUAAAUGCUCAUAUUGAAGAUGCAUAUUCAUCUAAAUUACCAACAUUUCAGUAUACCGACGAUAAAUCUGUAGAAUAUGUUAUUAAUUUUGAACAUACCAUUGAAACAUGUGUAAGCAAUCAACAACAACGUCAAAUUAUUCGCCAUGCUGGUUUUGAUUUACCAGAAUAUUGGCAGGUACAAAAAGAGAGUAUUGCACAAUUUACAGUACAAGAAAAUUCAAUUGAAUACAAAGAAAUUCGUGCUUUAUUUGACAAAACAAUGUCUAAUAAAUAUAACACAAUACUUCGCAUAGAUCGUAUUCAAAAUAAACAAUGGUAUAUGCAAUACAAUUCAUACAAAAGUUUUUCACCACAGAAAAAUACAGAAAAAGAAUUAUUUCAUGGCUGUCCAAAAGAUUCAACUGAACUGAUUAUUAAUUCAUUUUUUAAUCGAUCAUUCGCUGGUAUUAAUGGUACUGCCUAUGGACAAGGAGCUUAUUUUUCAGCGAAAGCUUCCUACAGUCAUGGAUAUACGAAGGCUAAUACACUGAAUGGUGAACGGUAUAUGUUUGUGGCAUAUGUAUUAGUAGGCUAUAGCAUUCAAGGAAAUACUAACAUGAAAACACCGCCUCCAGGUUUUGAUUCGACUACAGAUGGAGAUCAUAUUUUUGUUACAUAUCGUGAUGAUCAAGCUUAUGCAGCAUAUCUUAUUGUUUAUCAAUGA